CUCUCUUCUUCUUUCCUCUGUAACUGUUUGCUUUGCUUGAUUGGUCUCUUAUCAGCAUCAGUGUCCUUACGACGUUCACCUAGACUUGUAACAAGGAGAUAAAGAUCAAUCACAUCAUGUCAGCAGAGACUACCAGCACGAUAGCAAAGGUGCUCAAACCUACCAUUCUGAUUCUAAUAGCCAUUGUCGCCAUUUCUAGUCGACUCUUCUCCAUCAUCCGAUUCGAAUCUGUUAUUCAUGAGUUUGAUCCUUGGUUCAACUACCGCACUACCCAACAUCUCGUCAAAAAUGGCUUUUACGAAUUCUGGAAUUGGUUUGAUGAAAAGUCAUGGUACCCUCUUGGACGCGUUGUCGGAGGAACUGUCUACCCGGGUAUCAUGGUCACCAGUGCUCUGAUCCACAAUAUCCUCCACUUCUUCAAUUUCCCGGUCGACAUCCGUAAUAUCUGUGUCUUCUUGGCCCCCAUGUUCUCGGGUCUGACCGCGUUCUCGGCCUACUUGUUGACAAAGGAAUUAAAAGAUUCUUCCGCAGGUCUUCUCGCAGCCGCCUUUUUAGGCGUUGCCCCUGGAUACAUCUCUCGUUCUGUUGCUGGGUCAUACGAUAACGAGGGUAUUGCUAUCUUCUUGCUCGUCUUCACAUUCUAUCUCUGGAUCAAGGCUGUCAAGACCGGUAGCGCUUUCUUUGGCCUUUUGACCGCUCUCUUUUACUUUUACAUGGUCUCCGCUUGGGGUGGAUACGUAUUCAUCACCAACCUAGUACCUCUCCAUGCAUUCACUCUUGUCUUGAUGGGUCGCUUCUCCAACCGCCUCUAUGUUUCUUAUUCAACAUUUUACGCUGUUGGCACACUUUUGUCGAUGCAAAUUCCUUUUGUUGGAUUCCAGCCCACACGCACCAGUGAACACAUGGCAGCCUUGGGUGUCUUUGGAUUGUUACAACUCCGCGGCUUUGCAGAGCUUAUCCGUGGUUUGGUCACCCCUAAACAAUUCAGGACCCUCUUAAAGACUGGAAUCGCCAUUGUUACAGUCGUUUCUUUGACUAUCUUGACGUUGCUUAGCAUGAGUGGCGUUGUGGCCCCCUUCACAGGUCGUUUCUAUUCACUUUGGGAUACCGGCUACGCAAAAGUUCACAUCCCCAUCAUUGCUUCCGUCUCUGAACAUCAACCCACUGCAUGGACUUCGUUUUUCUUUGAUCUUCAAAUGCUCAUCUUCUUGUUCCCGGCUGGUGUCUAUCUUUGCUUUAAGGAACUCAAGGACGAACAUGUUUUUAUCAUUCUUUACUCUGUUUUUGCAUCUUACUUUGCAGGAGUCAUGGUCCGUCUGAUGUUGACACUCACUCCUGUGGUCUGUGUCUCAGCCGCCAUUGCCUAUUCAACCUUGUUGGAUACCUAUCUUGAAAAAUCGGAGCAUGUGUUAGCAACCACACUUCAGGGCGGUGCUUCCACUUCGGCUGCUUCCGCUAGUGCUAUCGAGAGCACCUCUGCUUCCAAAAAGCACGGCACAAAGUCAACAAACAAGGAUACAUCUGAGACUAAACCCCAUUCCGCCGCUGCCUCUUCUCGUAAUAACAACGCCAGUGAAAAGCCGAAGCGAUUCCCAAUCUUCAGUUGGGAUUCAAGGAUGAUGGUUAUUUUGCAGCUCACCUGGUUCCUGUUCAUGUUUGCAUGGCACUGCACCUAUGUUACCUCUGGAUCCUACUCUUCACCCUCGAUUGUCCUGGCGACUCGUGGCCACGAUGGUUCACAAGUUAUUAUUGAUGACUUCCGUGAGGCUUACUAUUGGCUUCGGAAGAACACAGGUGAAAAUACAAAGGUGAUGUCAUGGUGGGAUUACGGCUACCAGAUGGCGGGUAUGGCCAACAUCACCACGUUAGUCGACAACAAUACAUGGAAUAACACCCAUAUUGCUACGGUCGGCAAAGCGAUGGCUACCUCUGAAGACGUCGCCUAUAAGGUCCUUCGCCAACACGACGUUGACUAUGUGUUGGUGAUAUUUGGAGGCGUCCUUGGAUACUCUGGAGACGAUAUCAAUAAGUUUUUGUGGAUGAUUCGUAUUGGAGAGGGAGUGUACCCAAACGAGGUCAAGGAGCAGAGUUUCUUCACGCCAAGGGGUGAAUACAAGGUUGAUCAUGAAGCCACCCCGGCGAUGAAGAAUUCAUUGAUGUAUAAAAUGUCCUACUAUCGCUUCUCGGAACUUCACGGAGGAAAUGCUGUCGACCAUGUCCGUAGCGCACGUAUGCCUGCCGAGGGUCCUACACUCAGUGUAUUGGAAGAGGCCUACACAACCGAGCACUGGCUCGUCCGAAUCUACAAAGUCAAGGACCUUGACAACAUUGGUCGUGAUUUGAAAGAUGCAACUGCAUUCGAUAAUGGCAAAGCCCGAAAGUCGUCUUUGAAGAGAAAGUAAAAAAAAUGAACAAAGACAUGGUACAAUUAUAAAAUAAAUGAAAAAAUAAAUAAAUAAAAAAGCUUACACCGCGGU